AUGGUAGAUUACGAAAAACCCAAAGAAAGACCAGCAAUCGGUGUCUUCUACGCCUUUGAUCAUCUUAAAUUCCACGUUGGAAAUGCAAAGCAAGCAGCCUCCUACUAUACUUCUAGAUUUGGUUUUGAGUAUGUUGCUUACUAGGGACUUGAGACUGGAAACAGAGAUUUCUGUACUCAUGUAGUUCAAAAUGGAAAGAUUGUUUUCGCUUUUGUUUCACCAUUGAACCCAGGAAAUAAAGAGUUUUCUGCAGAACUCGAGAAGCAUGGAGAUGGAGUAAAAGACGUGGCCUUUUUAGUAGAUGAUGCCGCCGGAAUUUAUCUCAAAGCAGUCGAGAGAGGUGCCACUGGAGUAAAAGCUCCUGAGACACUAUCUGAUGAGCAUGGCUCCGUUAUAGUUUCUAGUGUUCAGACAUAUGGAGAUACAAUUCACACUUUCGUCCAAAGGAUUGACUACACUGGUCCAUUUUUGCCAGGUUUCAAGCCUCAUCCUUACAAAGAGGUGUUUAAUAAACUUGCUCCAAUCCCAGAGCUAGAUUUUGUUGAUCACAUUGUAGGAAACUAACCUGAUUAGGAAAUGGAGCCAGUUGCUCAAUGGUAUGAGAAGAUGCUCGAUUUCCAUAGAUUUUGGUCAGUCGAUGACUCAAUGAUCCACACUGAGUAUUCAUCAUUGAGAUCAAUUGUUAUGGCUGAUUUCGAUGAAGUUGUAAAGAUGCCCAUCAAUGAGCCUGCAGCAGGCAAAAGAAAGUCACAAAUCCAAGAGUAUGUUGACUACUAUGCAGGUGCUGGAGUUCAACACAUCGCAAUGAGAACAAAUGACAUCAUUACUACAGUCUAAAGAAUGCAAGACAGAGGUGUAGAUUUCUUGAAAGUUCCAGAUACUUAUUAUGAAAACUUGAGAAAGGGUAUUGAGAAUGCAGGCAUAUAAGUGACGGAAGAUAUAGAUACACUUCAAAAACUUAAAAUAUUAGUCGAUUAUGACGACAAAGGUUAUCUCUUGUAAAUAUUUACAAAACCAGUUGAAGAUAGACCCACUCUUUUCUUCGAGGUUAUUCAAAGGCACAAUCAUCAAGGUUUCGGAGCAGGAAACUUCAAGAGUCUCUUUGAGGCUAUAGAGACUGAACAAGCUCUCAGAGGAAACCUUUGA